AAAGGAACGCUUGGCUUUGCGUUUGUUGUUGGAGUAUAGUUACGCUCGCCUCGACUUAAAGUUGGAAGAACGAACUCCUUAGGACCAAGUUGAUAUUGAACAGUUUCAUCCAACCACGUUGAAUAGCGAAAAUGUCGACGGAAGUAAAGCCUCUUCCCGUCCACUACAGCCUUGCUGCAGGCGCCAUCGCGGGAGUAACCGAAAUUCUUGCCAUGUACCCCCUCGACGUUGUAAAGACCCGCUUCCAACUGACUGUGGGAAAAGCAGAAUCUAACUCUAUUCUCGGAACAUUCAAAUCGAUAGUGAAAAGCGAAGGACCUGCGGCACUAUACAGAGGAAUCAUUCCUCCAAUUAUGGUGGAAGCACCCAAGCGAGCAAUCAAGUUUGGAGCAAAUGAUGCGUAUAAGAACUUGUAUAAGCGAAAUUUUGGGUUCAGAGACAGCCAAGGACUGUCGGUCCUGACUGGAGUGAGCGCCGGAGCCACUGAGGCUUUGGUGGUGGUUUCAUUCGACUUAAUCAAGAUUCGAUUGCAAGACAAGAACAAUGCCGGAAAAUACAAAAACACUAUGGACUGUGUAGCGAAAAUCAUGCAAGAAGAAGGGAUCAGAGGCUUUUUUAAGGGCAUGGAAGCGACUAUUUGGCGACACGCGGUGUGGAACGGAGGUUAUUUUGGUGUCAUCACUGGUGUACGUCAAGCGCUACCUGAACCCGAAACGAAGCAAGGGAUUUUGCUGAAGAACUUUGUGUGCGGAUCAUUUGGAGGAACAGUCGGAACACUGUUGAAUACCCCGUUUGAUGUCGUCAAAACUCGAGUACAAUCUCAGGUGCAUCCACCAUAUAAAUAUAACUGGGCAAUACCUGCAAUAGUAAGGAUUGCUCGGGAGGAAGGGUUUAGCGCCUUGUACAAAGGGUUUGUGCCAAAAGUCCUUCGAUUGGGCCCUGGAGGAGGAAUUCUUUUGGUGGUGUACGACCUUGUCACAUCUUACAUGCGAAAGCACCUCCUCUGAAACCUCGAUUUGUAACAACUGGUGUCCUUAUUUCGUUGCUUUGUUUAGACAAAACAUUUUAUAGACAAACAUGAGCAAUGUAAUGAAUGCUGCAGCAAAUGUAAUACUAGUCUCCUAAGACUGCUUUUGCUGCUCUUGAGCCGCCGCAUCUGACAGCCGCCCAGCGAGGGAUUUCGGCUUGAUUCUAAUAGAUACAAAUAAUGAA